GAUGUGUACACAAGAAAGACAAAGAAGUUAGAAAGGCAGCAAAACAACUUGAGUUACGUCAUUUGCUUCUUAGAAAAAACAAUCAUCAAAUUUGACAAAGCCCAUGCGACUUCAUUGACGCUGCAACGGAAAACGUACAAUUUGAGGUUCUUACUACUUUUUAAGCCUACUACAGGCGUUUUACGGUCAAACGAAUCGACUUAUAUCACUGCAAUUAUAGUACCAAAGUGCUCCACUGUAUUUCAUGAGAACAUCCCAGUCACGUUCUCCUUCCACAAUUUACACUUAGAAGCCAUUCAAAAAACUAUGACAGACAACUCCUCAACAAGUUCAGAAAUCAGCUCUAAAAAGCAUAAGACAAAGAGGUUUUACACAUAUCUCAACUUGAAUGGAGAGACAGUCUUUUCCACUAAAAUCGACUUUGAGACGUUGACAAUAGAAAAGGAGAUAUUUAUCCACCAGAGGUAUGGCGAUAUAUACAAGGCGUUGUGGAAGCGGAUGGAUGUUGUGGUUUUAACCGUAAAGACCGACAAUUUGGAUUUGAAGAUUGUUGAAGACAGAUUCUCAAAAGAGCUUGAAGUCAUGCAACAAACAACUUCACGAUUCAUUGUUCAACUACUUGGCACUUCCAUGUCCGAGAAAUCUUUUUGUUUGGUGAUGGACUAUUACUCUCUUGGUGUUUUGAGUGUGUUUCGUGAAUCACACAAAGUGUCUGAUUUAAUGAAGAUACGCCUUGUGGAGGAUAUCUCCAUUGCAAUGGAGUUCCUUCAUGAGAAGCAGAUCAUUCAUUACGACUUUAAUCCACGAAAUGUCGUUGUCGUCACAACCGACCCGAAUGAAAAUGUGGUGUGUAAAGUCUUUGAUUCGGGCAUUUCACGAGUCCUUUAUUCUCUUGGUGUGUCUGAAAACACCAAAAUAGGUACACCCAGGUAUUCGGCUCCUGAAACAUUCAAAGGAAUACCCACAUUUAUGUCUGAUGUAUACUCGUUUGGUGUUACUGUUUUUGAAAUAUGUGUUUGGGGUGAUGCAUUCCCCAUAAAUGCGUUCCCCAAUGAAGAGGACAUUUCUAGUUACGUGCUUAGUGGAAAAAGACCGGAAAUACAAGAGAAUUGUAUUUUCAAAGACUUAAUACAAAACUGUUGGAACCAAAACCCUGAUUUAAGACUCAGUUUUAAACAGAUCACACCAAUUGUACAACACAUCUCUAAGAAUUACGAUAAACAAAAAAGAGGAAGUAAAGACAGUAAAGAAGCUAACGAAAAUAAAGAGACGAAGGAGAAGACAAGUCCUAAAGUUGAACAAACAGAAGAAUUGGAUAACUUGAAUGGAAGGAGCAAAAGUAAACACUUCAUCUCACAUAACUUCUCUCAUAAAGAUAAACAUAGUGUGCAUGUCUAUGGAAGUCAGGACGAAAAAACACCUGAUUUAUAA